GAAUAAACAAAUAAUUAUUUGUAAGCCGCUAAUCGAUACUUUUAUUUUGAUUAUUUUAGAUUAUCGUCUUUAAACUUGUAUUUUUACCUAUAGUUAUUAUUUCAAUAAUCGUACGACAUUUUAUUUUAAAAUACAACCAGGAGAGUUGUCUGUAAAUUUUAGUUACUCGUGGUUUUUGAUAAGAACUUACAAUGAGUUCAGGACUUGAAAGUUAUGUAAACCAUACGGUUUCUAUUAUAACGUCAGAUGGAAGAAAUUUUGUGGGAACGCUCAAAGGAUUUGAUCAAACUAUAAAUAUAAUUUUAGAUGACAGCCAUGAACGAGUGUAUAGUCCAAAUCAAGGUGUUGAACAAGUUGUUUUAGGACUUCAUCUUAUUCGUGGUGAUAAUGUAGCUAUUAUUGGAGAAAUUGACGAAACCAUGGACUCCACAAUAGAUUUAAGUGCGAUCAGAGCAGAGCCUAUUGGAUCAGUAGUAUUUUAAGAUUUUUGUAGAAGCUAUUAAUAAACUAUUUAAAAUAAA